UUUGAAUUUGUAAUCAUUAUCGGCUUAAUCAAAACUAAAUCCUACCACAUUACAGUCAAACUGCUCAACUUAUGAACCCACGAUAUGCCUUUCUGCCCACAAGUAGUACAAAUCCCACCCAAAAAUCAUGCCAAAUCACAAUUAACUUUCAUUACAGUAACAUAUCACGAAUAAUUAACUUGUUUUUUGUUCGUCAGGGGAAACCCCCUGCGAUAGCUCAUUCCAUACGUUUGUACAAAUGGUUUGCGCAAUAAGUCAUGUGUCAUAACAAAAACAAAUGGCCGUAAACGUCGUAGUAAUCGACUUUCCUUUCACGAAAAUCGAGGAAAACAAGAAACUCGGUGAACAAAAACUGAACGAGGUCAUCGAGGCCGCUUGUGCGUUUUCAAACAGCAACGGAGGCAUCUUGAAGCUACGUUCGGCCACGAAAGACGACUUUAACUUCGAUAAACUUCUCAGAAAGGUCGAACAACGGAUUCAAGAGCUUGUGGGCGGCUACGACAGUUGUAAAAACUUUGAAAAACUACCCAGCUCAGAAGACGAGAGCUACACGGAGGUCGCUUUUCGGAUAACAAGUUCGGAAACGCUCUGUACGGUGAAUUGCCACCUCUACUUGCCGCAUGAAACGCAAGUGAAUUUGAUCUCGCCCACGGAGCGGUUAGAUAACCUCCGUAAGAUAUUAACAGGACCUUGGCUUGUGGAAUGCGAGCAGUUGGUGAAACUAGGCUCGCAUCGAAGGGAGUUCGUUAAAGCGGAAAAUGUCGGUUCGCCCGAAUCGAAAACCGAGCAGUUUAAGAAGGUGAAGCUCGAAGCGAUGACCAGUAAACACAAUCGAUUCGCGUGCUAUGUCUCGGCAUUUGCCAACCACAGAGGAGGGCAUAUAUAUUACGGUAUUAAAGACGACGGGACCGUUGAAGGAGAGUUUAUCAACCACGAAAAGAAACAGAUUAUAACCGAUAGAUUUGACAAAGCUAUUUGUAAAAUGCUUUGGCCAAACGGGAAACCUCAAAAAGGAAAACAUUGGGACGUUUACUACGAACCGGUUGUUGAGAGUGGAUAUAAACAAAUCCCGUCGACCUUUGUGGUCGUUGUCACGGUGGUACAAUGUACCGGUGGGGUUUUUGCCGAAAGGCCGGAAAGCUAUCGAAUGGUAAACGGGAAACCGGAACUCAUUCCUUUCGAGCUUUGGAAAAAGCGCAUAAUUUCAAAGCCAGAGGACAACAAAGCGAAGGGAUUGGGUACAAAGUCAGCCUCAAACAUACACAGGUUUGCAAAUCGAAGAGAUAAGGCAACAAAGGUCCCGGUAGGCAUAGCGCGUCGCAAGGGAGGUGUGAGCAAGCUGGAACAGUCUUGUUUGCAGUGGAGACAACGUUUGGCGCGCCUUCGCAACAACGCCGACAAGAGCGGUUUCGAUAAAUGCGCGAUGGAGCUUGCAAGUCAGUCCGACUGUCUCGGGGUGAUCGUCUUGCAACAGCGGGCUGCGUGUCAGUACAGAGAACACCGGUUUCACGAGGCUUACGAAUUCCUUCAAAGAAGCAAAAGUCUCUUAAGAUCAACGCACGAGAAUUAUCCUGUCCUAGAAAUCGAGAACAUUUACUGGGAAUCCCUUGUCAGCCACUUUCUCGGAAACGACGAAACGAGCAACAGUUUAAGAAUUCUAGGAAUGCAGAAAAUGGCAACGUGCCCUGCAGACGUCAUGGACGCUUGGUUCUGUUACCAAGAAGGCCGCGCAACAGAGCGACUCAUUUCCGAGAAUCCUAAAGAGAAGUCGAAAUUGAUACCACAAGAGAGACUGUGGUACGUCGAAGCACUGAAGAGGGCCUCCGUGUUGGAAGACUCGACAAGCGUUGCGGAUUUGAAACAGAGAUGUCACACAAGGUUGGCGAUGCUGUCUUUAGGGUAUUUCGUGAACGACAGCGAAAUCGCAAGAACGGAAGACGUUGAACAGGAUGAAAUGGAAGAAGCUGAGAGAUUGCUUGGUAUUGUGGACUGGUCUAGCAAGGUUCAAGGAUGGCCGUUGACGGACUUCAGUCGUUGCGAGUAUCUCCUGGCGAGAGCUCAACAGAACACGAGAAACUGGGAACAGAUACGAGACGAGUCUUACUUAGAAAUGGCCCUGGAAGACUGUGGCAUAGCACACGCCAUUUGCCAAAGGAAAAACUUCCAAGAACUGAUGAUUAUUGUCGACGCUGAACUGCACGAUAUCAACGUUAACAUGUCGAAUUAACCGUGUUUGCAUUGCAGAAGAAGUUAAAUUAUUCUUAUUUGUUUAUGUUUACAUGCAUUUGACAAAAGAUAUAGUAACUCUUGUAUUCUAGAAGCUCACUCACACUCACACUCAAACUUAUUGAGUGGAAGAUCUUAAUCUUCUCAUAACGUUUCAAUGGCGGUAUUUUGAGCCGAAUAUAGGGGCUUGAUUUUCAGUUAUUUACGUUAUAUCUUUCGAUCUAGUCACAAAAACCUUUCUCAAUGACCACCAUUAACAAAAUUUAUAUGUCACAUGUGCUCAAUGAGUGCGAGUGUGAGUGAGCUUUUUGAAUACAGGCGUUAGUGUUAAUUUCUGUGGUGUGUUUAUAGUAGA